CGGGGGCCCGUCAGUUGCGACAGCAUGUUCUGGUGUUUCUGUGCGGUGCUGGUGCUGGCCGCCCCGUCCCCAGCGCAGGGCAGCCCCACUGCAGCCUCCAGCGGCAAGCCGGCGCGCGGCACAGACAUGCUGGCCGCCGCUGGGAGACUCACCCAGUCCAUCCAGAAGGGGAGCCAGAUUUCGCUGACAAGCCCCUCAAGUGGAAUCCCAGAGGAGGCCGCCAUGCCAGUGAAAGACCUGAACCCGGCGCACUACCCCGCCCGGCGGGCGGCCAUCGUAGCCCAGCACUUCCUCAACACCCAGCAUAGCUCCCCCUGCAAGCUCUUCCUGCUGGAUGCGAUCAGCAGCGCCACACUGCAGGAGACAGAAGAAAAGGGCAACAAGUACAAGCUGGAGUUCUCUCUGAAGGACGCGGUCAGUAAUCAGUCGGUGGGGCCGUGCUCGGCAGAGGUGCAGUUCCCAAGCAGGGGGGAGGAGGGUGCCCCCCUGGUGCAGUACUCAUGCCAGGGCCUGUCCGCCGUCAACACCACUGACCAGGAGGAGUCUUUCUACCGGCGACUGAGGGACUCUGGCAGCUUGGUGACGGCGAACGACAUCCCAGACAGCUACGGGCACAUGGCGCCCGAGAUGAAGCCGCUGUGGAGGCUGGGGGCCGCGGCAGCCAGUUUCAUCAUGCUGAAGGAGUCCAAUGAAAGCACCCUGUACAACGUGGCCCAGGUGACCAACAUCAUGCAGCAGGAGUCUGAGGGGGACCAGCUGAAGUUCCGGUACCACAUCCUGCUUCACGACAUGGUCUCCCAGGAGAUAAUCCCUUGGGUGCUGCUUUUCACAUGGUCUCCAGCAGAGGGCGUGAGAGUUCUCAGUGCAGAAAAACAACCCAGAUGUCCCCACGGCACUGCCUCCAGCUAACACCGCCACAACCCCCUUACCCACCAACUGAGCUUCUGGCGUCGUCCCCAGAACCCCUGUUCCCCUACUCACACACUUUCCUGUGUCUAAACCUUCCUUAAUUAAGAACAAUUAAGUUGAUUAAAUCUGAGGCCCAAAGCACCCCCAUCUUUUCUGCAGAACUCCCUCUAGUGCUGAGCAUUACCACAAUUAUCAUCUGUCUAGCUUGGCACUGUGCAGCUCUGAGUCCAUACAGACGAUCAGUAAUGUAAUUAUGCUCAUAAUUAAGCAUCACACUGUUGGUACAGUAUUACUCCGGUGACACACUACAGCACGGUAAUGUCCUGCUGUUCGUCUCUUUUUAAUUUCCACUAAUCAUGUUAGCAAGUAGCAAUAUCCAACAGAAAAUAGAGCGACGGCCUGUAAAACGGCCACAUUCAAAGAUGCAACUGAAUUAAAUGCAUACAAGAAAACUA